UUCAUUCUUCAAGUGUGAUUUACUCAGUACAGCUUAAAAUCAUGACGAAAAAGAUGAGCAUGUCUACAAGCAAAACUUCCCUGGUCCUCUUUCUGUGCCAAAUUAUUUCUGCACUGGAUGUACCUCUUGACUUGUCACAACCUCCUACGAUAACUCAGCAAUCUCCAAAAGAUUACAUUGUUGACCCUCGAGAGAAUAUUGUAAUACAGUGUGAAGCCAAAGGAAAGCCACCUCCUAGCUUCUCCUGGACACGCAAUGGAACUCAUUUUGAUAUAGAUAAAGAUGCCCAGGUAACAAUGAAACCAAAUUCAGGGACUCUUGUCAUAAAUAUUAUGAAUGGUGGGAAAGCAGAAGCAUAUGAGGGAGUUUACCAGUGUACAGCAAGGAAUGAACGAGGAGCAGCUGUUUCCAACAAUAUCGUUAUAAGGCCUUCUAGAUCGCCUUUGUGGACGAAAGAAAAGCUCGAACCAAAUCAUGUUCGCGAGGGUGAUUCCCUAGUGCUGCACUGCAGACCUCCUGUUGGCUUGCCACCACCUAUCAUAUUUUGGAUGGAUAAUGCUUUCCAAAGGCUGCCUCAAAGUGAAAGAGUUUCCCAAGGUCUAAAUGGAGAUCUUUAUUUUUCUAAUGUACAACCAGAGGACACCCGGGAGGACUAUAUCUGCUAUGCAAGAUUUAAUCACACACAAACUAUACAGCAGAAACAACCCAUAUCUGUAAAAGUCUUUUCAAUGGAUUCAUUGAAUGACACUAUAGCUGCUAAUUUGAGUGACACUGAUAUUUAUGGUGCAAAGCCAGUUACAGAAAGGCAGCCAGUUCUUCUAACACCAACAGGUAGCACAAGUACCAAAGUGGAACUCAGAGGAAAUGUGCUUUUGUUGGAGUGCAUCGCAGCAGGAUUACCCACACCAGUAAUCCGCUGGAUCAAGGAGGGUGGGGAACUGCCAGCCAACAGAACAUUUUUUGAAAACUUUAAGAAAACUCUCAAGAUUAUAGAUGUUUCAGAAGCUGACUCUGGGAACUACAAAUGUAUAGCAAGAAAUGCAUUAGGUUCAGUUCAUCAUGUGAUUUCAGUAACUGUGAAAGCUGCUCCAUACUGGAUAACAGCACCCAGAAACUUGGUUUUGUCUCCUGGAGAAGAUGGAACAUUGAUCUGCAGAGCUAAUGGCAGCCCAAAGCCUAGUAUAAGCUGGUUAGCAAAUGGUGUUCCCAUAGCAAUUGCCCCAGAAGAUCCUAGCAGAAAGGUGGAUGGUGACACCAUUAUUUUCUCACACGUGCAAGAAAGGUCAAGUGCUGUCUAUCAGUGCAAUGCUUCCAAUGAAUAUGGAUACUUGCUAGCAAAUGCUUUUGUGAAUGUUCUGGCUGAGCCACCAAGAAUUCUAACUCCUGCUAAUAAACUGUAUCAAGUUAUUGCAGACAGCCCUGCAUUGCUAGACUGUGCUUAUUUUGGGUCACCUAAGCCUGAAAUUGAAUGGUUUAAGGGAGUGAAAGGUAGCAUCCUGCGUGGAAAUGAGUACGUUUUCCAUGAUAAUGGAACCUUGGAAAUUCCAGUGGCUCAGAAGAGUAAUGCCGGUACAUACACAUGUGUAGCAAGGAAUGAAUUAGGAAAGAUACAAAAUGAGGUGCAGUUGGAAAUUAAAGAUCCAACGAUGAUCAUUAAACAGCCAGAAUACAAAGUGAUUCAGAGAUAUGGCCAGGUUUCUUUUGAGUGUAUAAUAAAACAUGAUUCUACCUUACUACCAACAGUUACAUGGUUGAAGGACAAUGAUGAACUGCCAGAUGAUGAAAGGUUUCUAGUUGGUAAAGACAACUUGACCAUUAUGAAUGUAACUGAUAAAGAUGAUGGAACAUACACUUGCAUAGUUAAUACUACUCUGGACAGUGUUUCAGCAAGUGCUGUGCUUACUGUUGUUGCUCGGCCAAACCCACCCUUUGACUUGGAGUUGACAGGUCAGCUAGAAAGAAGCAUUGAUCUCUCAUGGAUACCAGGGGAUGAAAACAACAGUCCCAUUACAAGCUUUGUGGUCGAGUUUGAAGACGCGCUGCACGAGCCGGGCGUGUGGCGCUACCAGACGGAGGUGCCUGGCACCCAGACAAUGGCGCAGCUGAAGCUGUCUCCCUAUGUCAACUACUCCUUCCGUGUGAUCGCUGUCAAUAGGAUUGGCAGGAGCCAGCCCAGCGAGCCAUCUGAGCAGUACCUGACAAAAUCUGCAAGCCCUGAUGAAAAUCCUGCUAAUGUACAGGGGAUAGGCUCAGAACCUGAUAAUUUGGUAAUAACAUGGGAGCCUUUGAAAGGUUUUCAGUCUAAUGGACCAGGGCUUCAGUACAAAGUCAGCUGGCGCCAGAAAGAUGUUGACGAUGAAUGGACAUCUGUUAUAGUUGCAAAUGUAUCUAAAUAUAUUGUGUCUGGUACACCAACUUUUGUUCCAUAUGAAGUAAAAGUGCAAGCUUUAAAUGACUUGGGGUAUGCACCAGAGCCAUCAGAGGUGAUUGGACAUUCAGGGGAAGACUUGCCAAUGGUUGCUCCAGGCAAUGUGCAGGUUCAUGUUAUUAACAGCACAUUAGCAAAGGUGCAUUGGGACCCAGUUCCACUAAAAAGUGUCCGAGGACACCUUCAAGGGUACAAAGUUUACUACUGGAAAGUGCAGAGUCUAUCCAGAAGGAGUAGACGACAUAUAGAAAAAAAGAUCUUGACUUUCAGGGGAAACAAGACUUUUGGAAUGUUACCAGGGCUAGAGCCCUAUAGUUCCUACAAGCUGAAUGUUAGAGUUGUUAAUGGUAAAGGAGAAGGACCAGCAAGCCCAGACAAAAUAUUUAAGACCCCUGAAGGAGUUCCUAGUUCACCUUCCUUUCUGAAGAUUACUAACCCAACAUUGGACUCUUUGACUCUGGAGUGGGGUUCACCCACCCAUCCAAAUGGUGUUUUGACAUCAUAUACACUGAAGUUUCAGCCAAUCAACAACACACAUGAAUUGGGUCCCUUGGUAGAGAUAAGAAUUCCUGCCAAUGAGAGCAGCUUGAUAUUAAAAAAUUUAAAUUACAGCACCCGGUACAAGUUUUACUUUAACGCACAGACUUCAGUUGGAUCAGGAAGUCAGAUAACUGAGGAAGCAGUAACAAUUAUGGAUGAAGUUCAACCACUUUAUCCAAGGAUCAGAAAUGUUACAACAGCUGCUGCUGAGACCUAUGCCAAUAUCAGUUGGGAGUAUGAGGGACCAGAUCAUGCGAACUUUUAUGUUGAAUAUGGUGUAGCAGGCAGCAAAGAAGAUUGGAAAAAAGAAAUUGUAAAUGGUUCUCGAAGCUUCUUUGUCUUAAAGGGUUUAACACCAGGAACAGCAUAUAAAGUCCGGGUUGGUGCUGAGGGCCUGUCUGGUUUUAGGAGUUCAGAGGAUGUGUUUGAGACAGGUCCAGCAAUGGCAAGCCGGCAGGUAGACAUCGCUACUCAAGGAUGGUUCAUUGGUCUAAUGUGUGCUGUUGCUCUUCUGAUCUUGAUUUUACUCAUUGUUUGCUUCAUAAGGAGGAAUAAGGGUGGCAAGUAUCCAGUGAAGGAAAAGGAGGAUGCACAUGCUGAUCCAGAAAUACAACCUAUGAAGGAAGAUGAUGGAACAUUUGGUGAAUACAGCGAUGCAGAGGACCAUAAACCUCUAAAAAAAGGAAGCCGGACACCCUCAGACAGAACUGUGAAAAAAGAAGACAGUGAUGAUAGUUUAGUUGACUAUGGAGAAGGUGUAAAUGGUCAGUUCAAUGAGGAUGGCUCCUUUAUUGGACAAUAUAGUGGUAAAAAAGAGAAAGAACCUGCAGAAGGAAAUGAAAGCUCUGAGGCUCCUUCUCCUGUAAAUGCCAUGAAUUCAUUUGUGUAACCACAGAACUUGAUCCCCUUGUAUCUCCAGUUUGCUUAAAGCACUUGUACAUCCUCCUUCUCAUACUAUGAACACGCAGGUAUCGGAGCUCCUCACCACCAGAAGUUAAUGCUAUGAGAACAUGCAGGUUAACACCAGUACACAGCAUAAUGACACAGUAAGUGGUAUGUUACUAUGAGUCAAAAUAGAAAAUUCAAAUUUUGUUCAAAACUUGGGUAUUUUUACUUUUUUUUAAAGGAACUGACACAAACAGUAACAUCAGCUUGUAAUUUUGUUUCCUGUUGAAAAUACAGUAAAAUGCAUGGAAAAAAAACCCCCUACACAACUCACAGAUAAUCUCGUGUACACUAUAAAGACAUGGUUUGACAAUUUGUUAUGCAGUCCUCAGCUGAAUCCCUGGAUAUGAAUUCCGUUCUCAAUGUCAGAGUGUUAUAGUAGUAUUAUAUAGAACUUCAAUGUCUUUGUGGACAUUGUUGUGAAAUUGGUGACUUAAUGUCUAGCUAUCAUAUGUCUUUUUGCAAGACAGUUAGGAACAGUAUGUACAGUAUAUAAAUGCUAAAUGAUUUAAGUAUGACACUUGCAUUUGCUGAUGCUUAAUGAGACCCUAUUAUCUGCUCUUUGCUCCUAUUACUUUAUAGCCUUUUUAAUCUGUCAAGUAUUACGGCAGUACAGUGUUCUAUUUUUACAUCAAAACAUAUUGAAUUGAUUUUAGGGCAUAAAAGAUAUGCAUUGCAAUGCAUUUUGGAAUUUUUACAGUCACUGAAAGAAAAACUUUAAAAAUUAAGGAAAAUAUUCCAGAAAACACAGGGCAAAUUACAUUCAGUGCCUUUAUACAAUAUGCAUUCCGUAAUGUGCUGUACUACUAAAUCAGUUGGUGCAGUAAACUGUGAUUAGCAGACUACUGUCAUUGCCAAAUAAAGGAAAAAUGUGAAGAAAAAGAAGUGUUAUGAAACUGUUGUGCUAAAAAUGGAAAGUUUAAAAUAUUUUAAAUUACAUAAAGAAGAGAAUGAUUUUUUUCCCUUUAGAAAAAGCUUUCUACACAGUUACAGCACAACAUGUUUUCAUGGCCUUAGAAUACUUAAAACAAAAAUGAAAACAAACAAAACAAACAAAAAUCCCAAAACACAACCAGAGUUAAAUUAUUUACUAACACAGCAAGGAAUAAGCUCUUGUAAAAUAAAUCAUUAAAAACCCAAAGCAGCUGACUCCAUCAUUUGGUGAGAGUGCAUUUCUCUCUGUGUCCCAGCCUGAUCAGUGUGGCAGCUUUGUAAUUAUCUCCAGCCUGAAGCAGUGUGGGGGUUACGCUCGGACCACAGCAUUCCAUCUGACAAGUGCUAAUACGGUUUAUUGGUAAAGGAUUUCCCUUAUUGGUUAAAAAAUUAUUUUCUCGCAUACUAUAUCAAUCAAAUGUUUACCUCCAAAUAUAAAUUUUUAUAACAACCUAUGGUUGAAGGAAUGCUCAGUUUCAUUUGCCAAUAAAUUGGUUUUUCAUAACUUGCAUCAAGUUUAAUUUUAAGUAAGCUUUUUAUAUGUAGAUAUUUUGUUGAAUUUGUAAAUACACUUAAAGCGUAGAUGCUAUAUGCUUCUAGGUGUUACAGACAAAUAAACCAAGAAAGCUUAUGUUGUACUGUGUAAGAAGUACUAUAGCCACUGGUGUGCAUGGUAUUUUAAAGCAUCUACUUAAUUUUUUUUCCUUUUUCUUUUUCUUUUUUUUUCUGUGAAAAUAAAAUAGUUAUCUGCUCAUUUACUGCAGAUUCCAACUGAACCAUUCAGAGCUUUUGCCAGUGCACUACAUUAGCCCAUAGGACACCUUGCAGCUUUCAUGUAUAUACUGUAGGUAAAGCACAACUGAAGUAAUCCCAAAUGUAACCCAGCUGUAAUAAGCUUCUUUCGCACCUUUGAGCUUUCCAUUGGUCAGUUUUUUUAAUGGGAACUGAAAUACAAAAUGAAUUCUAUGAACACUGAUUACAAAGCACAAAGAGAACAUUUCUUCACAGGAUUUGCCAAUGGUUUUGGUAAAAAAAUAUCAUUUUACUCUUAUUUAAUUGUAGAUGCUGAAUUAUCUGUGCAUGUGGGGGUAAACAUACAGGCUCACUUCUGUAAUAGUGCAACGGAUUUUGUAUUAAAAAUAAAUGUGGUUUUAAAAUUUCACUGUUUGUUCUGUUUACGCUAGCAGUAAAAAUCACAUCAGAUUAGUCUUGUAAUUAAGACUUCAACAUAGUAAAACAGCAUGAAAGAGCUCUGACAGAAGUUGUUCCCAUGAUGUUACAGAACUUCCAUUACUGACACCAAAUUAUUUACAGAAACUUGCAUACCUUCACAUGCUACCAAUUGAAAAAAUGGUAAAUUUGUCUGACCGUUUCCAAUUGAAACCUGUGAUUUACAUUUUACUUCCAUGAAUGUUUUUAUUAUUUAUUUAGUCAUAUUACUGCAAAGAAAAGAACUGAAACAGUCAUGUUCCAUACCUGUAAGAGUGAAUAAGAGAAAGUAAUGUUGAUUUGAAAUCAAGAGCCCUCAGAUAGGAUCCCAAAUAAGGAUUUUGUGUCCUAAAGGAAUUGUCUGACAUAAAAACUUAUGGUUAUCUGUUUUUAAAUAUGAAGUGAGGAAUUUUUAGUCAUCAUCUUUUACAGUACACAAAAUCCAUUGGAAUGCUCUUUUCAUAUCUUGUUUAUCCUAUAUAUGAAUGGAAACAGACUGGGCAGGAGGGCAGCUGAUCUGCGUAGAAGACUGCAGGAGAGCCAUGGAUUCCAAGAGAUGCAGGUGCUUCAGGAGAUGUAUCCAAAGCUGAUGAGUGGGCAUGAUACUUGAAAGAGGGAUCUUAUCACUGAAUCAGAAGCCAUUCUGCCAGCCUUCCCAUAUUAACUGGAAACCCCUGGAUAUUUCUGCUCCUGUCACCUGCACAGACUCAGUUCUGGCACUUUUAUCUUCAAAUAUCUUCGUAAUAUCUUCAGAUAUCGGCUGCCUUGGUUUUUGUACAGGUAUCUGUUGAUUUUUGCAGCAAUGUAGACUGCCUGGGAGAUAUGAAAUACAGCUGUUUCUGUUUCAAUUAAAGAAUACUUCCUGAAAAGAGAGGUCUGAGUUCCCUAGGCAUAGUUGGGGAGAAGGAUUUCAUACAGUAACAAUUUUUGGAGACACACAUACAUUAUCUAUGCAUGUUCCCCAAAGUGUACUAAUACGUAUCGUUGCUACACUUUUCUUUUACUGAUAUACCUUUGCUUUUGAUUUUAUUCUCACUGAAGUGAUUGUAUAAAUCCUGAGGGAAUUAAAGAGGAUACCCCAAUCGUAA